CAAUUGCAAACAUAAUCAUUCGUGCUUUUGUCGAAUGUUGACUGUUGUCUCAUUUGUUUCUAUAUAUCUUGAAAAAUUCUGCAUAUUUUCUAAAUUUUUAAUUAUAUUUAAUCGUUUUAUAUAAAUAAAUUAUGAAUAUCAUUAAAAUUCGAUCCUUUCGAUCCAUAUCCACAGGACCUACUCUUCGAAAUCGAUUGACCGAACAAACUGAUCAAUUAACAAAAUCUAGUUUAAUAAAAAAAUCAACAGUUGAUCUUGCAGAUAUAGAUCAUUUUUCUAAAUUACACAAUAAGUGGUGGGAUGUCAAUGGUGAAAUACGUCCGUUGCAUGCAUUGAAUCCUCUUAGGAUACAACUUAUUCGAGAUGGCUUAGCAAAUAUAGGAGUCAAAAUAGAAUGUCCUUAUUUACCAUUAGAAGGAAUCAAAAUUCUAGAUGUUGGUUGUGGUGGAGGAUUAUUAUCAGAAUCUUUAGCCAGAAUAGGAGCAGAUGUAACUGGGAUUGAUGCUUCAUCAGAGUUAAUAACAGCUGCAAAACAGCAUGCUGUUUUAGAUGCUAGUUUAGAUGGAAAAUUAAAUUAUUUCCAAACAAUAAUUGAAGAUUUUGCUCUAAAUAAUAAAGAAGCAUAUAAUGCUGUAGUGGCUUCAGAAGUUAUAGAACAUGUAAAUAAUAAAGAAUUAUUUCUAAAGUGUUGCAUAAGUUCUUUAAAACCUGGUGGUUCAAUAUUUCUUACAACUAUUAAUAAAACUUUACCUUCAUGGCUUGGAGGAAUAAUUGCAGCUGAACGUAUUUUAAAAGUAGUACCAAAGGGUACUCAUGAUUGGAAUAAAUUUGUCACUCCUACGGAAAUGCAAUCUUUAUUAGAAACAUAUGGUUGCAAGACAAAAUUGAUACAUGGAAUGUUUUAUAAUGUUUUAAAAAACGAAUGGUCUUGGAUGGCUUCAACAGCAAUAAAUUAUGCAAUUCAUGCAGUAAAAAAAAAGGAACAAAAAUAAAUAACAUAUUCUAUUA